CUAAAAUCAAUGGCAUUCUCUUCAUUAUUAGUCUCUCUUCUUCCUCUUGUUCUAGCAAUAAUAAUUGCGCUGGCCACUACUUCAGAAGCGGGAAAAAUAGCCAUCUACUGGGGUCAGAAUGCAAACGAAGGCACCUUAUCAGAUACUUGCGCCACAGGCAAUUAUGACUACGUGAAUAUAGCUUUUUUACCAACAUUUGGAGAUGACCGAACUCCAAUGAUGGACUUAUCGGGUCACUGUGAUCCCUAUAGCCAAGGCUGCACUGGCUUAAGCUCAGACAUAAAAGCUUGUCAAGCCAAAGGCAUCAAAGUAAUGCUCUCCAUCGGCGGUGGGGCCGGAAGCUACUCGCUUUCCUCUACUUCUGAUGCCAAAAAAGUCGCUACUUAUCUUUGGAACAACUUCUUAGGAGGACAAUCAUCUUCUCGUCCACUUGGACCAGCCGUUUUGGAUGGCAUUGACUUUGACAUUGAAGGAGGGUCAAACGAGUAUUGGGGUGACCUUGCGAGAACCCUUAAGAAGCACAGCAAAAGAGGCAACAGUAAUAAGAAGGUUUACAUAACUGCAGCCCCACAGUGUCCUUUCCCAGACGCUUGGCUUGGAAAUGCUCUCAAAACAGGGCUUUUUGACUAUGUUUGGGUUCAAUUCUAUAACAACCCUCCUUGUCAAUACACUUCUGGAGAUGUUUCUAACCUUGUAAAUGCAUGGAAGCAAUGGACUUCUGAUAUCCCAGCUGGAAAAAUCUUCCUUGGCCUCCCUGCAUCGCCUCAGGCCGCCGGUAGCGGCUUCAUUCCGGCUAACGAUCUUAUUUCCAAGGUUCUUCCGGCGAUUAAGGGUUCUUCUAUAUAUGGAGGAGUCAUGCUUUGGUCCAAGUACUAUGAUGACCAAACUGGAUACAGUUCCUCUAUUAAGAGCCAUGUCUAGAGAUAAUAUUCUAUGAUAAUUUUUUAUCAUUAGAAAUCAUUACUACCUGUGUAUCUUUGCUUAUCUUCUAUUUUACAUUGUACUCUCCCUCUCACCACGUUGUACGAUACAUAU